AUGCCACCCUUCAACGGCAACUGGGCGAAGCCAACGCCGCGCUUCAUGCCAAGGAGGUGGACUACGGCAAGCUGGCCGAAGAGCACGACCGGCUGAUCGCGCGACUGGCGGAGCAGGCCGAGCUUCUCCAAAGGGCCCAGAAGGAGGCGAAGGACAAGGAGGCGGGUCUUCUUGCUGAGUUCGAGAUCGAGCGCUCCGCCUGGACCGACAAGGAGGCGAUGCUACCGGCCGGCUUUGGCGAGAUCGAGGACAUGGCCGACACUUCUUCCCAGGUCAUUUUGGUGCCGCCAACCAGGCUAUCGAGGCCGACCGCGAUGGACGAAGGGUAGAAGGCGAGGAGAUCGCCGCCAAUGCCCCUCGCACUCUUCGCGAGCAACUUCUCAGCAUCCAGGCUCGUCUUCGGCUGAUUCAUCGGAUGCUGCGCCGCCUUCAGCGUGUCGGCGCCCAGGCGAUCGCCGCCCUGUGGCCCAACAUGUCGGCCCCGCGCACCCCCAGCCGGACUGCCGACUGGCUGGAGGUGGCGGCUGGCCGUCUUGAGGCGUGGAAGGGCUCCUUGGCCCAGGCCGGAGCACGCCCGACCUUAGAGUUCGUCAAGGCGUGGUACCCUGGGCUAAAUCUAGCCCAGUUGACCAUGUUCCGACAGGAAGCCCAGGAGGAGCUGGUGGCAGUGGAGGGCGAACUCGUCAAGCGGGCGGCAGCCCUCGCCGAGUACACCGACACUGGCAUCUUCAUCCCGGAGCUGGCCGAGAACGGCGCCAAGGCGCCGCUAGAGUGGUUUGGGCUGAACCUGGAGGAGGACGAGGACUCGGCCAAGGUGAUCGACUCCAGUGACGAGGGAGAGGACGAUGGGGAGGAGGGCGAAGAGGAGGUGCCAGAGGUCGGAGCGGACGGCCAACCUCAACUCGACCGCGCCUCCAGCAAUGAGCCAUGUCCAAGCGACCCGGCUGCUGCUGAAGGAGACCAAGUGGAGACCGACCAGCUGGCCGCUCGACCAGCUGGCGCUACCAACUCCACCAUUUCGCCGAACCCGCCUGCUGCUUCCUAGGCUGCCACUUUACUUUUGUUUCUUCCUGCUUAUUAGUCUCAACAAACUUUGUUAACUUCGCACAGUUCCACCCGUAGGGUGUAUUUCAAACUUAUGUUGGAUGUCGGCUAAGGGCCUUUUGAUGUGUAAAUAUCUUAUCCGAGUCCUAUCUUUCCUUGCUUUCUGCUCUUUUGGCUUUUUCCUUUGCCGCCUUCCCUUGGUUGUCGUCUUGCCAGCCGAUCAGUCGCUCUGCGGACUGUGGCCGGGUCAAGUACUUAGCCACUUUCGGGAAGGCAAGUACUUAGCUGGCUAGAGUUUUCUUCGCAAGUUAAGUAGA